AUGUUACGACAACGAUACCUAAAAGAGUUGUUGAGCGACCGGGGGAGGACCAACUUUGCCAGAGGCCGUGAACAACAUCAAGGACCGCCAAAACUGCCCUCACCAACCCGCACCAUUCACAUGAUCAUCGGUGGUGGUGACGAUGCUUCAAUCAACAGCACAAAGUUCAUUACUACCUACAAGCUCAAACGGUCAAUCACCCGCAAACGGUAUGACGAACUCGAAGAAAGUAUCAUCUUCGAUAAGUCGGAUACCGACGGUUUGGCUUUCUGUCACUAUGAUGCCCUUGUUAUUAAUUUACAAAUUUUAGACACCAAUGUGCGAUGCAUUAUGGAAGACGAUGGGAGUGGCGUGUGCAUUAUCCAUCCUCGAGUACUUGCAAAAAUGAAACUCGAUGAUAAGAUAGUGUCGCGUUGCAUCACGCUAACUGGUUUUAAUAAUACAGUCGAGCGAACAUCUAGCGAAAUCAAACUCCCCGUUCUGGCCGGUGGCGUCAUUCUGGAAACCACGUUCCACAUCAUGGACCAAGAUACAAUGUACAACGCCAUAAUAGGGAGACCAUAG